AAGAUCUAAUAAUCAUAAGAUGGUGUCUGUGAUCGCGAAAAAUCUUAAGGACAGAAGACAGGAUAAAGCCUUGACUGAGAUUUUCAUGAAAGCUGAUACUUCCGGUAAUGGUAAGAUAUCAAUAGAAGACUACAUGGACAUAUGUGACGAAUAUGGGAUAUCUGUAUCGGAAGAAGAACUUAAAAAUGUUGCGUUAUUGGCUGACACAAAUGGCGAUGUUGGAAAAUCUGAUUUUAUCGCUUAUGUAAAAGGGAGCAAACUUUUCAAAAAUUUUGAAAGUGUGGAUCCAGAAUCUGAUUUUCAUUGGAAUAAGAAGAUUGAUCUCGCCUGGCACUGUUUUGAUAAGAACGAAGAUGGUUUUAUCUCUAAAGUUGAGUUUGGUAGGAUGACUAGCAAAAAAAAACUUUCUAGGAAGCAGAUAGAUUUGAUGUAUAAAAGAAUGGAUUUAAAUGGUGAUGGAAGACUGGACUAUGAUGAAUUUAAAGCUAUGAUUUUAAAACACAAAGAACGGAAAGAAGGUUUGAUAACGAAAGAAACUGCACUAAAGCAUAAUAAUAUAAAACAAUUUACUUCCCAAACAUUAGAUUCUCGUUUGAAAAAAGAAGACUCGGAGUUUCAUGGCAGAGUUCAUGACGUCAGAAAUAAUAAGGCCCAAGAAGAACAUCCCUUUAUAAAAUCCCCUAAGUCAAGUAUAGAAGAGAAUAUUCAACAUGAAGAAUCACAGUUCCAGGUGCCCCGUGAAAUAUCCACGGAUGAAGACAUAGAUGAAGAUAUUGAGAACUUUGACGAAAACACCUCAAUACAAGAGGAACUUGAUUUACGAGACAAGAGCACGGAAGAAAAUGCUUUGGAUCUAGAUAAAACUGAAAGAUUUCUUGUGAGAAUUUAGAAUUCUAAUCAAAUAAAUUUAGUCUCAAUAUGAA